CGUCUUUUCUAGAAUCUGUUAAAGAACAUUGUUUUCUUGACGUUGGGAAUGACUGAAAUUUGCCAACUUUGGUAUAUUUUCUCUUUCCUUUCGUACAUAAAAAGAAAAAUGCCCAUGACCAAUUCCGCCAAAAUAAAAUAAAGUGUUUCAUUUUUAGUUUUAUAAAAAAUUUUGCAUUGUCAAAAUAACAUGACUGACCAAACUUCGAAUUCGAAAGAACUUCAAGCUGUUCCUACAGAUUUCCAGGAAUUAGAUGACCUCUUCUCUGAAACGGAACAAGAAAACAUAGUAGAAAACCGUACAUUCCUGGCCUUCUUUCCUUCCGAAAAAAGUGGGUUCCACGAAGAUGAUUCCAAGGAUAAUUAUUAUCUUUUCUCGCUUCUCAUACAAAUGGAGGCAGAUGUAGUGAUAAUUCCAUCGAAUACAAACGAAAAACUGAAGAGUUUGCUUAUGAAUUUUGGGCUUGCAGAACUUAGUGAUAAGUCUGAUAUCUCACAAAAACCAUACAGCGAUCUUUUGGAAAUUGCAAAACCAUUCAAACUAGAAUUUUUGAGCUAUUCCUUUUUCUCGACUAAGCAAGCUCUUUCAACAUUUGAGCAAGUCGUCAUACUUGGAAUUCCACAGGAAGCGAGUAAAGAAGCCAAAAUGGCACAGCUGGGUCUAUUGGAUCAGAAUCUCCCUUCAUCUAUAUUAGCAGCUUUGGCUGGUCUAUUUUCAUACAUUCAGAAAGCCGGUGUGGUAUACACGUACAAAGGCCUUUUGAACAUCAACAGCAUAAACAUUGUUUCUCUUAACGACAUGCUAAAGAUCGACUAUUCUUCCUUGAUGGCAUUUCAAAUUUUGAAAUCGGAAAUACAUCCUAAAAUGAUGGGUGAUGGUCAUUCUAAGGAAGGACUUUCUGUUUUUAACAUCAUGGAUAGAACUAGUUCAUUCCAAGGUAGGCAACUGUUGAAAACUUGGUUGCUGCAGCCUUGCAAGAACUUGAAUAUCAUUCAGUUUCGACAAAGAGUCGUAUCUUGGUUAGUGAAUAAUUGCAACAUGGAGCUAUUGAGAGAAAUCUCCAAUCAUCUCCGUGGUAUUCGCAACGUGCCUAAAAUCACUUCCAGAAUAAGCAAUUAUGCUGCUUCCAUUGUGGACUGGAGCAAUUUGAGGACAUCAACGAGAAGCAUUAUAUGGCUAUUCGAUUUUGUUAGAAAUACUCAUCUUGCCAAAGAAAGUGUUAUUCUGGAGGUUGAGUUUUCAAAUAUGGAUAUAGGAAAGUUGCUCAAUUUUCAACAGGUUCUCAGCAUAUUUUACAAUGAUGCAGUAUUCGAUGAUCUACGAAAUAUACUGUCAUGGAUCGAAAGAGUUCUAAACUUCAAGGAAAGCAAAUUACAGGGCAGAAUUUAUGUCAAUGAUGGAUACUGCGAAGAUUUAGAUAAUGCUAGGUGCUUUUACUAUUCUUUGGAGGAACAUCUCACGGAAGUGGGAUCGAAUGAAAUAGAAAGGUUGGAUGCCCUAGGAGUACAUAUCCCAUGGAUUAAAGUCACGUACAUACCAAGACUUGGUUAUCUUCUUGCAACCGGAAAGGAAGACAACGAGAGCCGUGGUGACACUAUUGGUAGCCUGGACUUGACUGUUCAGAGCUACGCAAAAGACUUGGAACUUGCAUUUUCGACUUCCGAUACUGUUUAUUAUAAAACGUCAACGAUGCGUGAAUUGGAUGAAAAACUGGGAGACAUCUUCGACACAAUACUUGAACUUGAGAACGAGUGUCUACAUGUACUAGAGCAACAAGUCAUUCCUUUACUGCCAAUGCUUUAUAAAUGCUCUAAGCAAACUGCGCAAUUUGACUGCUUCAUUUCUAUGGCUUUAACAGCAAUACAAUAUCAGUGGUGCGAACCAUCAGUGACAAAGAACCGAGGUUACGUUAUCAAGUCCGGGAGACAUCCUCUGUAUGAACUUAACUCGAAAGUAGAAUUUGUAGCAAACGAUACUGCUGCAACUAUGAAUAGCUUAUACAUCGUAACAGGUCCCAACUAUAGUGGCAAGAGUGUCUAUUUAAAACAGAUAGCGCUCAUUGUAUACCUUGCACACAUUGGUUCCUUCGUACCUGCUAAAGAAGCACAAAUAGCCUUGACGGACCAGAUACAGACGCGAAUUCAGACAGAAGAUAGUAUUUCUCUUCAUUUAUCAUCAUUCUUUCUCGAUUGUACUCAAGUUGCCAUGAUGCUGCGAACUAGUACAAACCAGUCGUUGUUAGUCAUCGAUGAAUUUGGCAAAGGAACAAUGGCAAGCAAUGGAAUGGCACUGCUAUCUGCUACUCUACUCACGUUGUUAGAAAUGAAAGAUAAAAUGCCAACAGUUUUCUGUGCUACUCAUAUGUAUGACAUACUUACAAAUGGAAUCAUUUCAAAAAGCAACGAACAAGUUAGCAUAAUGUCGAUGGAGUGCAUAUUUGAAAGAGAUACCCAUCUAGAAAGGGAACUGAUUCCAUUAUACCGAGUUGUUCCUGGUUUAUUAUCAACUGAAUCGUACGCUGUACACUGCGCUGCAAAAUCAGGAAUUCCAAUGUACGUUUUGCAACGCGCAAUCGAAGUUCAGACUUGUCUGCAAAAAAACGAAACGCUGGAAUUGCGUAAUGAAAAAUACCAAAAGAAAGUAUCCACAGUUCAUCGAAUAGUGCAAGAAUUUCUCGAGACUGAUUUUACGUCAGCUUCACUGACUGAAGAAGACUGGUUUCCUACAUGGGACCUAUAACUACAUUAAUACACGGACAGAAGCUGACCA